AUGGGCUUAGAAGAUCUUCAUAGAAAUUCAUCAUUAACUACCUACAGGGUUCAAUCUUCUGAAGAUGAGCAUGAAUUAAUUGAUAUGGAUUCAUCAGAUUCUCAUGUUUCUGCCGUGUCAGCUAUAUGCAACUCCAUCGCUGCAAGAUCUUAUUCUGUAUCCUUGGAGAAGUUGUCUUUAGAACCUGAUAAUGGUGUUCAACCUGAGACUAGAUCUAGCUUUUCCCGUGUUGGUAUUGAUCCUGUGGUUGAAAGUUCCACUCCUUUUGAGCUGGCAGCAAGUGCAGGAGAAGGAAACCUCAACCUGGAUCAAUCAAGGACUAAUUUAAUGUUUUCCAAAUCGAGUCCUCCCAGAUUCAAAUAG